AACAUCGCAACCGCACGCCAAACCCGCCCAAGAUGUCUGCCUCAUCUUUCGCCCACCAUGGAAAGACGCCCGCUGCUGUCAGCAUGCGCAGCUCCUACAAGGCCUACAGGAGUCCUUUCGGUCCUCAAUACACGAUCCCCAAGAACUACCACGGCAUCACUGUUGGCACUGUGGCAAGAUUCGGUACCCUUGCUGCUGGCUUUGGCGGUGUCGCCGGCUUCUUUGCUCUCUUCUUCUUUGCCGAAGUCCCCAGGGUGCGCGAGGACAUUAUGAAGAAGGUGCCUAUCCUAGACAAGUACUUCACGUACGAGAUACCCCCUGAGGACAACCCUUUCUAAGCCCUGCCCGAGUUCUGCUUUUUUGUGCCUGGGUCAGUGUGUGGAUGAACAAUGUACAACAAUACGGGGGAAUGCAUUACAUACUAGCGACUGCGUGCGCAGAAUAGACCUCUUUGUUCUUGAUGAAUGUAACUCUUGGCUCCC